CAUCAUUUUGAUACGUUGAAGUUCGUGAAGAAGAUGGAGGCGGAGGGGUUCACUCAACAGCAGAGUGAGCAGGUCAUGGUUGCCAUGGGUGAUGUGAUUGACGAGAGUAUGCGGAAUUUCACGCGGUUGAUGGUUACGAAGGAGGAUCAAGAAGCGAACAUCUUCACCCAAAAAGUCGACUUAGCUCAACUCCGCUCCGAACUACAAACAAUCGAAAAAAACGACGCCAGCAUAGCCCGUGAUGCUCUCGAACGCCUAACCGCCGAAAUCGAAACCCAUAGACAAAAACUCCGCGAGGAAAUCACAAAAACACAAGCUGGCGUUCGUCUUGAUCUCAACCUCGAGAAGGGCCGGAUUAGGGAUGAGGGUAGUGUGCAUGAGUUGAAGAUUAAGGAGACGGAUACGAGGAUUGAUCAUGAGAUUGCGAAUAUGAAGACGAAGAUGCAGGGGAUCAAGUUUCAGGUGUUGCAGUGGGUUAUUGGUAUUGUUACCGGUGCGGGGGCGUUGGUGUUGGCGUACAUUCGUUUAUAUUCAUAGGGAUUCGGUUUGCCGUCUUCGCGUUUGGAAGAGGUGCAGCUGGCUGGUGUUUGAGGUCUUGGCGGGCUGUGGGCCAUUCGCAAGGCAGAAAGACAUGUAUGAGUAGAGACAGCAAACAGACAGAAUGGAAGGCAUUACGAUACACAAAAUCAUCGUUGAC